AUGAAUUUGUCGCUUGUUGAUCCGUUCGUCCUGGCCCAGGACUAUCCAGAUACCUUGACAGAGAAAUUACGGAGUGGCCAUGCGACAUGUCUACGAUUUAACCACACUGGCGACUACCUAGCAUCCGGACGAGUGGACGGUACUGUCGUGAUUUUUGACAUUGAGACAAACGGUGUCGCACGCAAGCUACAGGGUCAUACUCGGCAGAUCCAGUCUCUUAGUUGGUCUCGAGAUGGCCGGUACCUUCUUACAUCCUCGCAGGAUUGGAAGUGUAUUUUAUGGGACCUGAAGGAUGGCUCGCGCGUGCGUACAGUCAGAUUCGAGGCACCAGUAUACAUUGCGGAGCUCCACCCAUUCAACCAGUAUGAUCUUACUUCGUCCAAUCUUCUGGAGAUAUGCCUGAGUACUGACCACGCUUUUCUUCUGUCUAGCCUUCUUUUUGUCGCCUCUCUAUUCGAAGACCAACCCGUUCUCGUCGACAUCUCCUCCUCGAAACCAAUCAAGCGAAUUCUCCCCUCCGCGCCCCUCCGUCCCCAGCCUACAAACGGUGAAGAAGUUGAUCCCGCCGUUGCCGCAAAACAAGCCGCGCAGGACGCAAAACACUCGACCUGCGUCACAAUAUUCACGGCGUUUGGAAAUCACAUCAUUGCUGGUACCUCCAAGGGCUGGAUCAACAUCAUUGAGACGGAAACAUGCACGACGAUCCAUUCCAUGCGUCUCUGCAACGGAGUCGUCAUCCUCGCCCGCCUUGCCAACAAUGGGCGUGACCUCCUAGUCAACAGCUCAGACCGUGUUAUUCGCACCGUCCUCAUGCCUGACCUCUCCCAAUUGGGUAUUGACUUUGAGCCCUCCGCCAUCAAACUACAAGUGGAGCACAAAUUCCAAGACGUCGUCAACCGAUUAAGCUGGAACCAUGUCACCUUCUCAUCAACCGGCGAAUUCGUCACUGCAACUACAUUCAUGAACCCAGAUAUCUACGUCUGGGAACGCAGCCACGGCUCUCUCGUCAAGAUCCUCGAGGGUCCACGCGAGGAGCUCGGCGUGGUCGAAUGGCACCCCUCGCGCCCCAUGGUGGUUGCUUGUGGUCUAGAGUCCGGCUGCAUCUAUACAUGGUCCACCAUUAGCCCGCAAAAAUGGUCUGCCCUAGCUCCGGAUUUCGGUGAAGUUGAGGAGAACGUGGAGUACGUCGAGCGCGAGGACGAAUUUGACGUCCACCCUGCUGAACAGGUGCAUCAACGUCGUCUCGACCUCGAGGACGAGGAGCCUGACGUGAUUACUCUGGAUCGCGCUGAAGACUCCAUCGAUGCAGAACAGGCUGGUAUGUUUAGUGUGCCGGUCCUUCUGGAUAUCUCGGACAGCGAAAGUGGAGAGGAUAUCAUCGCAGUUGGCCCUGGUACGAUGCGCCGCCGUACUCCCGGCGAUGGAGAUGCCGACAAGGACUCCAAAUCUGCUGCCAAUAGUGUCGCUCGUGGCGCAGGCAGGAAUCGCCGGCGAUAA